AUGCAUUCGAUUCUCACGGCCAGCAACGGUAACACUCCAACGCACACACAAAAGGACAUCCAACCCUGUGAAACAGGUUGCCAUGGGACCGAGAAUGGGAACCGAAUGGGAACCAGAAUGAGAACGGCACGAUGA